CAGCCAACUUCUGAAUGUUAAUCAAACUGCGUUUGAUCCCACGAAUAUAGAAAUAUUUAACAUAACACAAAGUCUGACAGAGACUUUGGAAGAUGUCCUCACAGAUUUAGGAAGUAGCUUUAGCCAAGUGGUUCAACCCAAUCUUGCAGUUUCAUCCAUUAAACUGGAGAGUGGUACAACACGUGGAAUUCUGCUUUCUGCAUUAAAAGGAUACGAUGAUACUUUAGUCUCAAAACGAAUUGAGCUGAACACCAAUGCCUCAAAGUUCUUACUAAAUACAAAUGCGGAAGUUCAAAUGUUUAUCAAUGUUUCCACAAACCAAAGUCAAGUAGGAAAACUGGGUUUCAUCCUCUAUCAAAAUGACAAGUUCUUUCAGUCGAAAGUCCACCGAAGCAUAAAUGAUGGAAGCCGACGGGUUAUUUCUGGAAAUAUUGCUGAUGGGAUUCUGAACAGUGUGGAACUGCUUUUUAACCCAAAGUACAACUCUGCAGAGUAUUUCCUUCAUGACCACGCCUGUGUAUUUUGGGACUACCGAAUGGAUGAUUGGAAUACUGCAGGCUGUACAAAAAGCACAGAUGAGUUUGGAAACUUGAGGUGCCAGUGCAACCACACCACCAGCUUUGCUGUGUUGAUGAGUUUCAGGUACAAUUACACCUACACUGAACCACUUGAGAUCAUGUCGUAUGUUGGAUGUGGGUUUUCAAUGGCAGGAUUAACCAUUACAAUUGCAUUUCAAAUUUUAACCAGGAAAGCACGCAAGACCUCACUUACCUGUGUGACUGUCAGCCUCUGCACGUCAAUGCUCAUCGUCAAUUUGGUCUUCCUCUCUGGAAUCAAUAACCCCAAUGCUCUGAAAGAAAAAAGCGCUGCCAACAACACAGAGAACAUCGUGCUACGUUCGAACUGGUCUGACCCACCUGAGGUGCACUGGUGCACUGCUGUUGCUGCCAUUCUCCAUUACUUUUUACUGGCUACUUUUACCUGGGCUGCGCUGUACGGUGCACAGAUGUAUGUUCUGCUCGUUCACGUAUUCAAACAACUUCCACGACACUUCCUGGUACUCAUAUCAUUAACUGGAUGGGGGAUUCCAGCAGUAAUUGUUGCUACAACAUUAGCUGUUACCUAUAGGGCAGAGAGCUCCCUAAGUUAUCGCCAAGAGGAGUUCUGCUGGCUUGCUGGCUUGGACAUACAUGGCAAUUUGGAUUUUUCAAAGCCAAUGUUAUGGGCAUUUCUUAUUCCAGUGGGGAUUAUACUUCUAUUUAAUUUAGCCAUGUUUGUUUUGGUGACAAAAAUGGUGCUGUUCAACCAAAGUCAAGAUACUUGCAGUGCUAAAAAGGUGUCCUCAGCGAAGAAGGUGAUUGGUUCUUUAUCUGUAUCCGUUGUGUUGGGUUUAACAUGGAGCCUGGGUUACUUGAUGCUCAUAGACCAUGAUAAUACACGCACUGUCUUCAGCUAUAUCUUCUCUGCUCUAAAUACCACUCAGGGUCUACAGAUCUUCAUUCUGUUUACUGCUAGUCGAAAAACAUUUUUUAAAAAGGUGAUCAGUCUCGCCUGGGGCUCCAAAUUUCCUGUGAACACUGAUGUUGCCCAUUCUAGAUGCUUCUCAAUUCAAGGUUUAAACACUCCAGAGAGUGAAGAACAUUACACCCAAAAUGACACACUGAACUUCUCUGAAACGACUGAAUCCAUACCUUCCGUUUUGUAUUAGACCAUAAAGGAACACGUCUUUGAACUGGAAAGACUUUUGAAACAAGAUGGAUUUUUCAAUAGUUUUACUCCCUUUGAGUGCUUCCUUUGCCUUUCUGAUGCCUUGUUUGUCUGGGAAGAUAGCCAGGUGGAGGGGAGAGAGUUUUGUGUGUUAUUUAACGGAUUCCAAUAAUGAUGCCUCCUUGUGUUCAGCCAUUGACAAGUUGUGUUAGAUGGUCUCUUGAUCGGUUUUCAAUUUACCACAAGACAAAAGCCACUAUCACAAUGUUCAACCCAGUAUCCCAGUGAAUAAAAUGGAUUGCAUGUGUCAUUGUAAAAUUUGAAACUUGGAUAGGUGCUGGAAUGAAAAUGUAUUACCACAAAGAUCUAAACAAAGCGUCUUACUUACAUUUCUUUAACAUUCACAUAUAAUCUGUUUGUUGAAGAAAUUCACUUGAAUUGCACCCAUUAAUUUUAAUUUAUACUUUUACAAAACAUUGGAGCAAAGUGAAUCUAAAGGAACAUUAUUUCAUUUAUACAUCUGGAAAUAACACUUUAAAAUAACAAGUUGUCAUUAUUUUUUUUUACUUUUAAUUAUUCUAUUUUAAUCACAUUUUCUGUAGGCUUUACUGUAAUAAAUAUGUUUACAAGGAAAUCUGUGACUGAAUUGCAGGUAUACAAUUUAAUACAUAGUGGAUAUCUGAAGAAAAAUAUAUGGAAGUUUAAAGUUAAAUUUAUUAUUAACCCAAAACACUCUAUGGUUUAACAAUACAUAGCUGGUAUUAUCACAUGUAUAGUUUGUACCAAUGAGUGACGACAUGUUUCUAUAGCCUAUCAUCAAUAUUACCUGUGGCCAACAACCAGGUGCUGUAGCCCCAGGAAAUCUAAUUGUAACUGAUAGCUGGGAUUGAUAUUCUAACCAAGGUUUCCUAGGCACUUGAGCAGCACAUCAAUGAAGUGUGCCGAACAAAAUAUUGCAAUCGGCAUAAUUUAAGCAACCCAUCUUGGAAAAUCAGCAAACCUAUUACAUUAAACUCAAAUGGAUUUGUUUUCAACAUACACAAUUGGAGACAAACUCUUUAUCUGUAAGAACUGAUAACAAACGAGAAAACAAAACUAUUCUCCCUAAUGGACCAAAUCCAUGAUUUCCUGUCUUAACUUGUAGGUUAUCUGGAAUUAGAUAAUAAGGAAUUCUUAAAGUUUUGUUCCAGGAAUGAAUACAAGAUAUUAUGGAUGGUGAAUGACAUGUCAUUCUGUGGCAGAACAAAUUCCUUUACACGUUCCUCCAUUUUCCUGUUCAUCACAAAGGACGCAGAACUUCUAUUCGUAACGCCUUAUACAAGUCUUGAUUUUCAAAUAUCCAGCUGUAAACAGGAAAUGAAAUAGAAGUAGGUCAUUUGGCCAGUUGUGCCUGCUCCAUUUUCAUGGCUGAUCUGUAAUUCAAUAACAUGGUGAAAACUCUUAACCUUUUUGCACAAAAGAAAGUUUCUUUGUCGGCUAAUCAGUCAGUUCCUUCAACCAGGCCCAUAAUAUUUCCGUGUUUGAUACUAGCUACUAAAAGUUAGCUGUUAUUAGUGAAUAGGCUAUGGGAAAAGGCCCACAGGUACCAUCCAAUACUAUCCAGUUCAUGAUAUCAAAAAGUCCUAAUGAGGUUAGAACACUCAUAUAGUGUACAUUAUUCUAUUGGUAACUAUUCACCUACAAAAUACAGUCACUACAAUUUACAAUAAAUCCUGUGAAGCUCUUUUGAGAUGUCAUGAUGACAAUUGUGAAGUGUAUUUACUGUAAAGUGUAUUUAAAUGUAAGGACUAUAAUUUGCUGACUACAGUAGGUGGAAUACUGAAAGAAAACCUACCAGGUAGGUCAUUUUGCCCAGCUGUUACACAUUUGACACUUCCCAAGUACUUUAGAUAGCAUUUAAAAAAAAUCCUUCUCCAAAACUAA